CGUCAAAGCAGAAAAGAAGAAAGACGAGCGAGCGAGCAAACUGACGGAACGAACGAGAGUCUUUGCAUGGCGUUUUUUUUGUUCGGUUGGUGUAAUUUGUUAAUGGACAAAACACGAGUUUUUCGCACCGAAUUACUUCCAACUAGCUUUAAUUUUGUGUGCUACUAGUUGCUGUAGAUGGUGAAGUGCUAGAUCGUAGUGAUAGCUCAAACGUUUCCCGAAAAUUUUUGGCAAAUUUGUGUUCCCCGUGCAAUCUGUUUUCGUGUGCUCUUUGAAAAUUCCUCUGAAAAGGUGGAGCUCGCCCAAAGAUAGGGGAGUUGGGAAGGCAGUGAAGGAAAAGAAAAAAGUUUGUGAAUAGAAGUUAUUUCAGUGGAAAAGAAGUUGUGAAAAGUGACUAACGGGCUUACAAUAUCGGAAACAAGGUCGUCAAGCUGGAACGGCACAAAACAAAACCAGAUAAAACUCAACAGCAGAGCCACGGUUCCUCCUGGGGCAAUCUGUCCACGUUGAGCGGAUCCGGAUCUGGAACGGGUCCCACCGGAAGGGAUCAGCGCGCAUCGCCACCAGUACCGGAUACCAGUUGCUCCUCGACGGCCGUCGCCGAGGACAAGAAGAAAAAGAUGAACGGUCUCAGCUUCAGUGAGCUGUGCUGUCUCUUCUGCUGUCCACCAUGUCCCGGACGGAUAGCCUCGAAGUUGGCCUUCCUGCCCCCAGAACCUAGCUACGAUCUGAAAGCGGACGAUGCUGCCAACAGUAAAUUCACCCUGAGUCUACUGGAUCGGGCCGAUUGGCAGUACGGCGAUCGGGAGAAGGAAUGCUUCGAAGCCUUCUUCGCCAGAUCGUCCCGGGGGAACCGGAUUGCCUGCCUCUUUGUUAAAUGCAGCACUAACGCUAGGUUCACACUACUGUUCUCCCAUGGAAAUGCUGUGGAUCUGGGCCAGAUGACCAGUUUCUUCAUCGGGCUAGGCCAGCGGAUAAAUUGCAAUAUAUUCAGUUACGACUAUUCCGGCUACGGCAUGAGUACCGGAAAACCUACCGAAAAGAAUCUUUACGCCGACAUCGAUGCGGCAUGGCACGCCCUCAGGACUCGAUACGGCAUCAGUCCGGAAAAUAUUAUCCUGUACGGACAAAGUAUAGGCACGGUUCCGACCGUAGAUCUGGCCAGCCGCUACGAGGUGGGAGCCGUUAUCCUGCAUUCACCGUUAAUGUCCGGCAUGCGAGUAGCCUUCCCGGCUACCAAGCGAACAUGGUUCUUCGAUGCAUUCCCUAGUAUCGACAAAGUUCCCAAGGUAACGUCACCGGUGCUGGUGAUACACGGCACCGAGGAUGAGGUGAUAGACUUUUCCCAUGGCAUGACAAUCUACGAAAAGUGCCCCCGGGCCGUUGAGCCACUGUGGGUGGAGGGUGCCGGUCACAACGAUGUUGAAAUGUACAGCCAGUACCUUGAACGGCUGAAGCAGUUCGUCUCGGUCGAGCUGGUCAACUGACAAAAGUUGAAUAAGGGCGGUGGCGCCGGGGCCACAGGCGGUGGUGGUGGUAGUGUUGGUGGAAGUGGUGCCGGUAGUGGCAAACGUGGCAAAGGUGUUGGCUCCGAGGGGGAAGAUGCCGGCGGUGAAAAGAGUCGGAAUGAUAAAGACAAAACGGAGCGAGCUGGUAAAAGCACCACCGACGAAACCCUGGAAGAAGAUGACGAAGAUC